AUGGACGUUGAUGCUUCUCUGACCAACAACAAUAACGCUGCUUGUGGUGGACUGGCUAAAAAUACGAAAGGUGAAUGGAUAAGGGGCUUCACCUAUAAUCUUGGUAAUUUCCCCAUCAAUAUAGCUGAGAUCAAGGCCAUUCAAUUUGGAGUUGAGACUUGCAGGAGCAUGAAUAUAGAGAAAGCUCACAUUUUCUCAAAUUCACUCAAUGACCUCAACUUUGUCUAUAAAGGAGUUCUAAGUUCACACCCCUUUUAUGAUGAGAUAAGAGCUGUACAAAAUUUGGCCAUUACUAAGAAGGAUUAUAAAAUCCUCUACGCCCCUCAUGAAGCUGCACUUUGUGCUAAUUUUCUUGCCAAGCAAGGCCAUCACCAUGCUUGUGAAUUGAUUCAAUUGUUUGAAAUCCCCAAAAAAUGUGAAGCCUAUCUUUUAAUUGACAAGAGUGGAACUAUGCCCAUAGCUUGUAAUCUUCUCUAG